CGCAGCAGCCGCCGCCCCCGCGAGGAAGAACGCCCCGCCCCGCCGGCGCGCCCUUCCUCACUUUUGGAAAUGGCGGGUGAAAUCACGGAGACCGGGGAGCUCUAUUCUCCCUACGUUGGACUGGUGUACAUGUUCAACCUCAUCGUGGGCACUGGCGCGCUCACCAUGCCCAAGGCCUUUGCCUCUGCUGGGUGGCUUGUCAGCCUGUUCCUGCUGGUGUUCCUGGGCUUCAUGAGCUUUGUGACGACGACCUUUGUGGUAGAGGCCAUGGCCGCAGCCAACGCGCAGCUCCACUGGAAGAGGAUGGAGAACCACCAGGAAGAAGACGACAGCUCCUCCACCGCCUCUGACAGUGACAGUCUCGUCCAGGACAACUACGAGCGGGCAGAGAAACGGCCCAUCCUGUCUGUGCAGAGACGCGGCUCUCCGAACCUUUUUGAAAUCACAGACCGCGUGGAAAUGGGACAGAUGGCCUCCAUGUUCUUCAGUAAAGUGGGGGUCAACCUGUUCUAUUUCUGCAUCAUCAUCUACCUGUACGGGGACCUGGCCAUCUACGCUGCCGCCGUGCCCUUCUCCCUCAUGCAGGUGUCCUGCAGCGCCACUGGCAACGACUCCUGCGGUGUGGAGGCCGACACCAAGUACAACGACACGGACCUGUGCUGGGGGCCCCUGCGCCGAGGGGACGUCUACCGCGUCUACUUGGCUGUCUUCACUCUCCUCCUGGGACCCUUCACCUUCUUUGACGUCCAGAAGACCAAGUACCUGCAGAUCCUGACCUCCCUGAUGCGAUGGGUCGCUUUCGCCAUCAUGAUCGUGCUGGCCCUGGUCCGCAUCGGGCGCGGGCACGGGGAGGGGCACCCGCCCCUGGCUGACCUCUCCGGGGUCCGGAACCUGUUCGGGGUGUGCGUGUACUCCUUCAUGUGCCAGCACUCCCUGCCGUCCCUCCUCACGCCCGUCUCCUCCAAGCGCCACCUCACGCGCCUCGUCUUCCUGGACUACGUGCUGAUCCUGGCCUUCUACGGCCUCCUCUCCUUCACCGCCAUCUUCUCCUUCCGCGGCGACAGCCUCCUGGACAUGUACACCCUCAACUUCGCGAGCUGCGACAUCGUGAGCGUGGCCGCCGUGCGCUUCUUCCUGGGCCUCUUCCCCGUCUUCACCAUCAGCACCAACUUCCCCAUCAUCGCCGUGACCCUGCGCAACAACUGGAAGACGCUCUUCCACCGCGAGGGCGGCACGUACCCCUGGGUGGUGGACCGCGUGGUGUUCCCCACCAUCACCCUGGUGCCCCCGGUGCUGGUGGCCUUCUGCACCCACGACCUGGAGUCCCUGGUGGGCAUCACGGGCGCCUACGCAGGCACGGGCAUCCAGUACGUGAUCCCCGCCUUCCUGGUGUACCUCUGCCGCAAGGACACCCAGCUGGCCCUCGGCCCCCGGGCCGCCAACAAGCACAGGUCCCCGUUCCACCACACCUUCUGGGUGGGCUUCGUGCUGCUCUGGGCUUUCUCCUGCUUCUUCUUCGUCACCGCCAACAUCAUCCUCAGUGAGACCAAGAUCUGAUGGCAGGCGUGUCUGCUGACGAGAGGGGUGGGGCCCCGCCGCGGCCCCCACCUGCAGAGGCCGUGUCUAGUUGCCUCCCAGGUCUCUCUCCACAGGGCGGGUGAGGCCAGGCUCUGGGAGGGGACCCUGCACAUCUAGCUGGGAUCUCCCCACCCGGCUUCCUUCCACCCAGCCUGCACCUCGCCGCACAAGGCUCUCCCAGACUCCAGGACCGGCUCCCGGAGUCACCCCCUGCUUUACACACGCCCCAUCACCCCAUCACCCCGCCACGGCGGGCUCCUCUCCCUGCUCCGUGGAGACGCAGCGCUGGCACUGCCACUAUUUAUACGAGUCUCCCUGCCCCCUGCUCCCAGCCCUCCCGCCUCCUGGUCUGGGAAAUCCACUUCAUAGACGCUGCCUCCUCAGGAUGAACCCCGGGCCCCAGCCCCCCUCCCCGCUGGGCCUGCCAGUGACUCCUCAGGGAGGGCCUGGUCCGCCCUGAUGACAAGAACAGGAGGUGCUGAUGGGCACCAGGGUCCCCAGACCAGGGCUGUGAGGCCCUUGCUGUGGGCGCCAGCUCCCGCUCGGGGCUCCUGAGCCACGACAACACGGAGCAGCCCUCUCACAGGCGCAGCAGCGCGUACAGAUUUAGAGCCCAGAGCUGUGACCCCUGGAAGGGUCCUCUGCUCUCUGACCACCCUGCUGGGGUGCUUGGGGCCUCCUGCAGGGCGGGGGGCAGUGUGUAAGGGCCAGUAACGGGGAGCUAGCCCCACCACCACGGCUGCGACUUGGGGGCACCACGGCAUGUAGCAGUGUGUGGCCUCUGUGGUCCACCCUGUAGGCAGCCAGGCCUGCCCUGCCCCUGCUCCGGCACUGACGGUGCCAGGCUGUGGGUGCUCAGUGCUCACACACUGCAUGUCCCUUGGGCGCCAUGGGGUGAGUUGGAGCACAGGCCACCGUUCCCAUGGAGGGAGGGCCGGGUUCCCACCCACCUCGCCAGCUCUCCCGUAACCCCCUCCUCGCCAUCAUGCAUGCACCUCCGGGCAGCCUUCCCGGAGCAGGUGACUGAUGAACUCUGCAUUUCAAUGUGCCUUCUGCUUCAGGCCUGGGCUCCUUCUGACCCUCCUGCUGCCCCCACCCCGGGCCCACCCUCACCUGCCCGGAGCCCCAGCAGCUGGGCCAGGAGCUGCCUCUGAGCGGGGCUCUCGGGCCCCUGCCCCUUUCUCUCGAUUUCAGUGCCUUGCUCAGCCCUCAUGAGGGAACUUCCGCUGCCUCCCCCGCAUUGCACCAGCUUUGUAUCGUGGACAGAGUGGUGACACUGGGUGUCCUGGGGCCCGUGGUGGUCUCGGGGCAAAAGGACACGGAGUCCACGGGCAGCACUAGCCCCACCUUUGGCCCAGCCUGUGAGAACCCUGUGACCCACUUUCUCACUGUGGUCCCACGUCUUCCGUUCUCAUCUUGUCCCCGUGUGUCAUCGCUUCCCAUUCACCUCCAUCUGCCGUUGUGGCUUCUUUCCAGGAGGCCCGGCCUGAGGUGGGCAGAGCAGGGAGAGCCUUGAGGUCGACCAGCCCCGUGGUGCAGGCCUCCCUGGAGCUGCCCCGCUGCUGACAACUCAAUUAAAACAUCUGUACUUACCUUCUC